GGGACAGAGGUGGGUGUACAAGCGCCGCCCAGGGGUGUUGGCUUAUGAGGUGUGACACACUUGAGCUGGAUACAAACUAGAGCUGACUGAGAGUCUCUGCCAGUGUUCAUCACAUCAGUGGACAAGACACAUUUGAUUUCACUUUCUGUCAGCUGUAGGACAAUCAGUCACUCAGGAUGACGCACCAGUCCCCUUCACUCUCCGAGGCGCAGAAGAGGGAGCUACAUGAGACUGCUCUACGCAUAGUUUCUCCAGGGAAGGGCAUCCUUGCUGCAGAUGAGUCUGUGGGCAGCAUGGCUAAGCGGCUGGCCCAGGUCGGAGUGGAGAACACAGAGGAGAACCGCAGACAGUACCGGCAGAUUCUCUUCAGUGCAGACGAUCGUGUCAACGGCUGCAUUGGAGGGGUCAUCUUCUUCCAUGAGACGCUGUACCAGCACUCUGAUAACGGCGUAGCCUUUGUCAAAAUGAUCAGGGACAGGGGCAUCCUGGUCGGCGUCAAGGUUGACAAAGGUGUUGUCCCCCUGGCAGGAACUAGUGGAGAAACCACCACACAGGGUCUAGACGGACUGUCAGAGCGCUGUGCGCAGUAUAAAAAGGAUGGAGCCUUCUUUGCGAAGUGGCGCUGCGUGCUCAAAAUCAGUGACACCAAUCCAUCUAAACUGGCUAUCACAGAAAAUGCCAAUGUUCUUGCACGCUACUCCAGUAUCUGCCAGCAGCAUGGCAUCGUGCCCAUCAUAGAGCCGGAGAUUUUGCCUGAUGGAGAUCAUGACCUGAAACGCAGCCAGUACAUCACUGAGAAGGUCCUGGCUGCAGUGUACAAGGCCAUGUCGGACCACCAUGUGUACCUGGAAGGCACGCUCCUCAAACCCAACAUGGUCACUGCUGGACACAGCUGCCCCACCAAGUACAGCCCAGAGGAGGUUGCUAUGGCAACUGUCACCGCCUUGCGCCGCACUGUUCCCCCAGCGGUUACAGGAGUUGCUUUUCUCUCAGGUGGUCAGAGUGAAGAGGAGGCCUCUGUCCACCUCAAUGCCAUCAACAACUGCCCUCUGCCCAAACCCUGGAUCCUAACGUUCUCCUUUGGCCGAGCCCUGCAGGCGUCUGCGCUCAGAGCCUGGAGAGGACAUAAAGAGAACGAGAAAGCCGCCACUGAGCAGUUCAUCAAGAGAGCAGAGGCGAACAGUCUGGCAUGUCAGGGGAAGUAUACUGGUGGUGAUAACUAUGGCGAGGCUGGCCAGCGCAGCUAUGGGUCCUAUUAUGCAUACUGAGUAGUUUGAGAAGCCAAAUUUCAAUUAGCAUUGUUUUUCUUCAAUAGCCAUAACAAGGAGGAAUUGUAAUGUAGAUAAUUAGGUUAUUUCAGAAUUCUGACACUCAUGAUGAUGUUACAUGAAAACAAGUGACAGCGUGUUUUCUUGCCUUGACAAAUGAGAACAAUCAGAACAUGGCCUUGGGUAUUUCUAAUGCUUGUAUUGAAUGAAAGACAUUUGCUUUACUUUUGUUAUAGAUAUACUGUAUGCUCUUGUCACAGCGCCAUAACUAAAGCUUUAAAAUCCUGCAUUUACUACUUAGUAUCACAAAUAAUAACUUGCCAUGUGCUGUAUGGAAAUUGAAUUUUGGCUGCAGAGCAAUUACAUUAGUUUUUAUCACAGCACAGUUAAUUAAAAAUAGUGACAAUUGCUAAAUUUCUGAUGUACGAUUCCCCACCUAUUACGUGGAAGUAUCUUCAAGUUGUGCAAAGCUUCUCUGUGUGUGAGUGUGUGUAGUUUGGUUUUCUUAAUGCACAAUUAGAAAUAUUGCACCAGAAUUAGCUUCAAGCUAAUUUGCAUCUGCAGUCCCUGGGCAGAAAGCACAACAGUAACUUACAGCACAAUGUGAUUUUGUGUGUGUCGUCAUUCUGAAUAGUAUUAUAGUAGUCUGAUAAACAUAGUUCAAAUGUAAGCAUUCAAACAAUAAAGCAGAGUUCAGGUUAA